AUGACUAUAAAACUGAAUGUUCUUUCGUCCAUUACAGGUUCACACAGGAGCAUAUUAAAAGGAAAGUUUUAAGACCAGACACGCUCAACCAACUGUUAAUUGAAAUGAUGAUGACCCAUAUUUUUACAUGCAUCUUGUUUGUGUUGAUGUUUCGUUCAAGUAAUGCUGCAUUUACAGCGACAUUACCUUCUGGUAAUCAUUUUUAUCCGCAAAAUGGAAUCAUCAGAUACAACCGAAUGCUUCUUACGGAUAGUGCCUACAAUAGCAACUCGGGUGUUUAUACUGUUACAACGAAUGGUACUUACUCAGUGUCUGUUACCAUGAUGUCAGGCACUGUCGCGGCUCACCUUACUAUGAGAAAGAAUUCUGCUAUUUAUGUGUGGCUAUACACUGGAAACGAAUAUGAUAUGGCAACCCAAAAUGUCAACAUGAAUCUGGUAAUAGGCGAUCAGAUUUGGAUGCAAAUGAACAACCAGGCAUCGCGUCUCUUUGAUGUUUAUAACACUUUCAGCGCAGUACGGAUACCUUGAUGUAAUAAUACGCUCGGAUUCACACCAAUAAGCAGUGAAUUAUAUUAAAAAAAAUAACCAAUACUGUUAGUUUUAGAUUUUUCAAACGCAAAGUAAGCUUAAAUUUCAUUGGAUUUGCUGUUAUCUAUUUCGUGUGUCUUAUACCUAAAAUAAAGA